AUGGAUAAUUCUAUUAUAUUACCAAAUAAGGCAGUUCGAAAAUAUAGAUAUCGCAAAGGGUUUAUGAAAAAACAAUCUAAAAAUAAUGAUCGAAAAGAACAUGAAAGUAAUAAAAUUGUAUCUUUUAAUCAAAUAAAUUAUGUUGGGGUUGCUUAUGAGAAUUACAAUAGGACAUCAAAUAAGAGUAAUGAAGUGAAUAGAAACGUUGAGAAAGUAUGGUUUAGUGGAAGAACUAAAGCGAAUACUAAAUUUAAUAAAUUUUUGGAUGAAGGUAAUAAGAACGUUAACGUCGUUUUUGAGGAUGAAGUAGAAAACAAAGAGGACGCUGAAAAUCAAACAGAAAUUCAAGAAAAUGGUGAUAAAUCAGUAUCAGUCGAAGGUAAUGAUAAUGAAGAAGCAAAGGCAGAAGAAAAGGCGGAAGAAGAAGCUCUAUUAGAACCUAUUGAAGGUGAUUUACCAAAGAAAAAGAAGAAAAAAAAGACAGAUAUGUUAGAAUUUGAGAAACAAUUAAAGGAGGGUGAUGAAAGCGAAAAUCGGCAAGAAGAUGAAAUAUUUAUCGUGGAAGGUGAACAGGAUACCAAAGAAAUUAAGAUUGAAGAAACCUGGCUCAGUACAGAUCGAGAUUAUACAUAUCAAGAACUUUUGGGCAGAGUCUUUCAAAUCCUUCGGCAAAAUAAUCCCGAACUUGCCGGUGAAAAGAAGAGAUACACGAUUGUACCACCAUCAGUUCACCGUGAAGGAAACAAAAAGACAAUAUUUGCAAACGUUGCAGACAUUUGUAAGAGAAUGCACAGACAACCUGAACACGUAAUUCAAUUCUUAUUUACUGAAUUGGGUACAAGUGGUUCGAUCGAUGGUUCACAACGGCUAGUCAUCAAAGGUCGCUUUCAGCAAAAACAGAUCGAAAACGUAUUGCGUCGAUAUAUAGUUGAAUACGUUACUUGUAAGACUUGCAAGUCUCCUGACACAAUCCUUACCAAAGAAAAUCGUAUUUUCUUUCAACAAUGUGAAAGUUGUGGAUCAACGAGAUCAGUUUCGGCAAUUAAGUCAGGUACAAAUACCUUACUUCAAUCAUUUGUUUUUACCCUUGCCUUUCAAAAGGCCAUAAGGAUUGAAAAGAUAAAACAAUCAAUGAAAGUUGCCUGUCUACAGUUUAAUCCAAAAAUUGGUGAGGUUGAAAGGAAUCAAAACUACGCAUCUAGUAUACUGAAGAGAUAUAAACCAGGAGAGAUAGAUAUUUUGAUUCUUCCCGAAUUGGCCUUCACCGGUUAUGUGUUUAAAGAUAAGGAUCAUAUUAAACCGUACUUGGAAGACUCGGAAACAGGAACUUCAGUUAAAUGGGCCAAAGAGCAAUCUAUUAGAUUACGUGCAUUCACCGUGGUUGGAUAUCCGCAAAUCGUAAAAGGAAAUCCAGAUAAAUACUAUAAUAGCUUGUGUUUUAUUAACCCGUAUGGAGAACUUAUCGAAACGUAUCAAAAAACUCAUUUGUAUGAAACAGAUGAAAAUUGGGCUGAAGAAGGUCCUGGAUUUAAGUCAAUAAACGUCCCUAAUCUGGGAAAGAUCGGUUUCGGCAUAUGCAUGGAUCUUAAUCCGUAUCAAUUCAAAGCUAGCUUUACAAAAUAUGAAUUUGCUAGUUAUCAUAUUCAACAUCAAACAGAGAUUAUAUUAUGUCCGAUGGCGUGGCUUAUGUCGGAAUAUAGUCAACAAAUAAAUGAUGAUAAGCCGGAAUCUAGUACCAUAAAUUAUUGGUGUAAUCGAUUAUCACCUUAUUUUACUGAUUCAACCGCACUAACAAAUCCAGGAUCUAAACGUAAUACGUUAUUCGUUGCGUGCAAUCGUACAGGAACCGAGAAUGGUUCUUGUUUUGCGGGAAGUAGUAGCGUUCUACUAUUAUCCUCCGAGAACCCAAUUGUGUUGGAUUCAUUGAAAUCUAAAGAAGAAGCUGUUAUGAUUGUUGACGUGCCAUCAUU